AUGUGUGCUGUGUUCACAUUCAUUGCAAUCGUUUAUCACUGUUAUAUGUGGUCCCGGCUCAAGAAUAGCGUGAAUGAGAUAAAGAAAGUGGAUUCACAGCCGCAGUCGAAAAUCUAUGAACCAAUUUAUGUGAAGCCAAUCGUCAAGUCUAUGAAGGAAUACGAGACACAAGUGUUGGAAAUGAGUGUCCCUAUUGUCGACGACUCCAUCAUGAGGAAUCGUCUCAAACGCAUCCAAAUAGUGAACGUCUAUUCAGUGGAGAAAAUAUUUACUCAACGACUUCGAGGGAAAAGACAACAGAAUUAUAACGACAUUUUAAUAGCAGUCGUCUAUUAA